CCAAAUGCGCUACGACGUGCACCAUUUUCUAUUGUGACUACGGUUCGAGUGGCAGCUUGUAGCGGGCGCGUCGUAAUUCGCAAUCUAUUGAAAUUAAAAGUGAAUGUGGAUUGUUUUGCUAAAAUUACAAAAGAACGGUGUGCCAUUAUUUCGAUUAAAUAAUAAGUACGUCGGAACGAUUGAGGGGAAUAAACAACAGUUACUAAUUGUUAAUCGGUAAUUGUUUUGAUUGCCAAAUAGUGAAUCGCUUUGAAUGAAUACCGAACUAUCGUCGGGGUUUUCGGGUGGAAAAGAUUCUGCCGGUGUUCUUUUCUCGGUAACCGAUGAAACUAGUGGUGUAAUCGAAUUUGAAGGUUCUGUUGACGAUUUGCCGGAAUCGGUGACCUCUGUUCUGGUUGAUGACAGCUGGCCGGGACAGAUUCUAGUCGAAGGGGUAGACGAGUUUGGAAGUGCCGUAACCUUCCUUACUGACAACUUGCACGGAACGGGUCUGGACCACUCGACCUCGCCAGUCAUAACUGUGAUGGAUAUUGAGCCGGUGGAUGAAUCCGACGAAGAGGUUAAGCGCAGUGUUGAUCGUUACUACUCGCACCUAGAGAUUCCGGCCGGGUCAUCCGGUGAUGAAGAUGUUGCUAAUGCUACCUCUGAUCCGGAAAAUGUAUUCUUCAACAAAUAUCUCACGCAGUAUAAAAUGGAUUCGCUAAGGCAAAGCACCGCCGACGAGAUGUUGACCAUGGAGUCCGAUAUGAAAGGCGGCAUACUGCACGCCACAAUGCCGCCGCAUCAUGCCUCGUCCUUGCACAGCCACUCGACGUCCCCGUAUGGUGCAUUGGGAUCGUUGAGCAUGAUGAAUAUUGGGCAAUCACAGCUGGGUCAUCAAGCGCAACAUCUAAGCCAUCAGCAGCAUUUGUCGCAUAACAACAACAGUAGUUCGUAUGGCCAAACUCAUACGAACCCUCAUGGCUCUCCUUUGCAGCCUGGGUCCGGCCUUAGUCCUAACGGGCCAUCGCAAGCUUCCCAGCAACAAUCGCCUCCAACGACGGGACUCGGCAAUCAUCACAUCACCUCAACCGGCCAAAGCCAUGGCCAUAUGGUAUCUGGAGGCACUGUGAAUCACAAUAAUAAUAAUACCAGCAAAGCAGCGCAGCUGAACGCCGAUCGAGUAAAGCGACCCAUGAAUGCCUUUAUGGUGUGGUCGCGAGGACAACGACGAAAGAUGGCUUCAGACAAUCCAAAGAUGCAUAAUUCUGAAAUUUCGAAGCGUCUGGGAGCGCAGUGGAAGGACCUGUCGGAAACAGAAAAGCGCCCAUUCAUCGAUGAGGCUAAGCGAUUGCGAGCGGUUCACAUGAAGGAACAUCCCGACUACAAGUACCGUCCACGUCGGAAGACGAAGACUCUGACGAAAACCAAGGAGAAGUAUCCACUAGGAGUGGGCUCACUAUUGCAAUCUAGUGAAGGAAAUACCAUGCGAAAUUCCAAUACAAUCUCGGCGGCACAACAAGCGGCCGCAGCGGCAGCUGCCAAUCGUGAUAUGUACCAAAUGCCUCCCAACGGUUACAUGCCAAAUGGAUACAUGAUGCAUGAUGCGUCGGCGGCCGCUUAUCAAUCACAAUCACACUACAUGAGCAAUUAUCACCGAUACGACAUGGGCCAGAUGCACAACGCUGCCUCGACGGGUUCACUGAAUUCCUACAUGAAUGCGACAAGUUACGGUAUGUACGGAACCGUGUCCGGUGGCCAGACGUCCCCAUACGGCUUACAACAACCGGGAUCUCCCUACAGUUCGCUUCAACAGCAGCCAGGAUCUCCGUACGGUUUGAACCAACCUGGCAGCCAAAUCUCCUGCCAAAGUCAUAGUCCCAGUGAUUCCAGUGUAAAGUCGGAGCCCGUGUCACCUAGUCCCACGUCGACAAACAAUAACCUGAUAAUGAAGCGCGAGUACGGGCAACCUUCCGGGCCGGAUCUAAGCCAUCUCAUCAACAUGUAUCACGUGCCAGAUAUGCAAAGUGCAGAACACCAGCGGAAUCUAAUGCAACACUACCAGCACAGUGCGUCGCCCGAUCUUCAAUCGCAACAGCAGCAGGUCCUGCGGACGAUGGCCCCCAUCUCGCAUAUGUGAGAUUUGGCCAGUUCCGUUGGUCUCCAAUCCAUAACCUCAUCUUCACCGGGAGCGCUGGCACCGCCUUUAUCGCCGGUGCUCAACUCCGGAUCCGGUCCGCCGAUGUUCCACAGCCACUCGGCGGGACCACCAACGCAAUCGUCCUCAUCCUCGUCCUCGUCGCCGCUCUCAUCGUACCGCCAUCAUCAUCAUCACCACCACCAUCACCAUCUGAGUAAUGGCGGUGGUGCCGGUCUUGCCGUCGGUGCCGGUGGUUCCAGCAGCAGUUGUAGCAGUCUCAGCCUUGGCCAUAACCUCAACGCGCCGUCCUCGGUCUCACCCACGGGAACCGAAGGCGGCAGUAGUCUAGGACACCAGCUUCAUCACCACAUCAGUAAUUGUGUUAGUACCGAUAGAACUAAUCAUUUAAUGGACAUAUCGCCACUUUAAUCCUCACUUUUCCACUCCCUGCUUACGGUCGGAUCGCAGUAGCGCGAACCGAGUGCGGCUUGCGCUGCUGCGAUCGGGAACCGUUUCCUCCGACAGUUAUUAGUUUCUCUUCUUAACGUGUGUAUAAGUACGUUGUUAAGUUUGACCCGUUUCGUUUGCGAUCGAAUUCCGGAAUCCCCAAGAUUGUGAAGAGCAAAUUGCAAGAGGAAGUAAACACAGUGUGAUAUUAUUAUUUUCAUUUGCUUUGUAACAAUUGAACAAUGAAUUUGUGCAUUCUUUCUUUUAUUUUGGAUUCUUUCUAUUUUGUAGAUUUUAAAAGUUGAAUUUUCUAUUUACUCGCCUUUUAAUUUGCCGUUAUGAAGCGAAAGGUCCCUUAAGUUUCUCCCCUCAUUUUGUAUAGAAAGCGUUGUUGUUAUUUAAAUCAUUUUCGAGUGCCGCGCCGGUAGCAAGAAAUAAUAAAUUUUCAAAAAUAAAAAAACGGAAAGCAACAACCAAAAAGAACUGAAAUAAAUCCUUAGUUGAAAUUUAGAACAA